CAACCAAACACACUUUGCACGCUCGAGGAUAUCCUUAGACACUCGUUACCGAAACCAACGGCAAGAUGCAUCCUGCUAGCUUCGCCCUUCUCGCCAUUGUAUGUGGCUGCUUCGUUUCGUACAUCGUCGCUGAGGAUGUCUUGCCAGCGGAGAAUCUGACGCCGGUCCUCGACAGCAGCUUCGCCAUUCAAACAGAGAACGACGCAAGCGGAGCGACGCUUAACAGGCAAAAAAGGACCCUUCUGUUGAAGAAAAAGCUUCUCGGUGCAGGGCUUCUUGGUUUCGGUUUAGGCGUUGCAAAAGGAUACAAAUUUGGACAUUAUACCGCACCGGAAGUGCAUCACGUUUAUCUGUCGCCGCCGCCACCAUCCGUGAAAUACGUCGAAUACGUCGAGAAACCAAUUUUCGUCGAAAGGAUAGUGGAAAGGCCAGCGCCAGUUUUCAGGGAGUCUGCUCCAUACGGCGCCUGGUAACACGAUCAAAAUUCAACGGACUCGACAACCUGAAACUGGAGAGAGGAACAAGAAUCGUUAAAUACUUAAAAUUCUCAU